UUAAAGAGUUCUAUUAUGAGGACUAACGUCAUUCAACAAGUUAGUGUGAAUUUGUUUUUGUUUCCCAUUUGCCCCGGGUCUCUUAACACCCCGACCCCAGGCAGGGCUACCCUAACUCUCAGCCUCCCCAGGCAGGACCCCUUGCCCCGCUCCCGACAGGCUCCUCUCACCGCGGCAGGGCCCCUUACCCAAGCAGUACACCGUCUCGCUGGGACCCGGCCCUCACUGGGACGUGCCGCCGCGGGUCACGUGCUGCGGAGUCGCGGGGAGGGGCGGGGAGGCGGGGUUUAUAGCCCGGGCGCCAGCGGGCCCCACGUUUUGCCCCGGUCGUGGCUGCGGGAGUCGCCUUCGGGACGCGCCUGCUCUUCGUCCUUCGCUGCUGUCCGAAGAUUUCUCUCUCUAGGAAGAAAAAUGGCAUCCGUUGCAGUUGAUCCACAACCGAGUGUGGUGACUCGGGUGGUCAACCUGCCCUUGGUGAGCUCCACAUAUGACCUCAUGUCCUCAGCCUAUGUCAAUACAAAGGACCAGUAUCCCUACUUGAAGUCUGUGUGUGAGAUGGCAGAGAAGGGCAUGAAGAACAUCACCUUGGUGGCCCUGACCAGUGCUCUGCCCAUCAUCCAGAAGCUAGAGCCACAAAUUGCAAUUGCCAAUACCUAUGCCUGUAAAGGGCUAGACAGGAUGGAGGAGAGACUGCCUAUUCUGAAUCAGCCAUCAACUCAGGUUGUUGCCAAUGCCAAAGGUGCUAUGACUGGGGCAAAAGAUGCUGUGACGACUACUGUGACUGGGGCCAAGGAUUCUGUGGCCAGCACGAUCACAGGGAUGUUGGACAAGACCAAAGGGGCAGUGACUGGCAGUGUGGUGAAGACCAAGUCUGUGGUCAGUGGCAGCAUUAACACAGUUUUGGGGAGUCGGAUGAUGCAGCUUGUGAGCAGUGGCAUAGAAAAUGCACUCACCAAAUCAGAGCUGUUGGUAGAGCAGUACCUCCCUCUCACUGAAGAAGAACUAGAAAAAGAAGCAAAAAAAGUUGAAGGAUUUGAUAUGGUUCAGAAGCCAAGUUAUUAUGUUAGACUGGGAUCCCUGUCUACCAAGCUUCGCUCCCGUGCCUACCAGCAGGCUCUCAGCAGGGUUAAAGAAGCUAAGCAAAAAAGUCAAGAGACCAUUUCUCAGCUCCAUUCUACUGUUCAGCUGAUUGAAUUUGCCAGGAAGAAUGUGCAUAAUGCCAAUCAGAAAAUUCAGGAUGCUCAGGAUAAACUCUACCUCUCAUGGGUGGAGUGGAAAAGGAGCAUUGGGUAUGAUGAUACUGAUGAGUCCCACUGUGCUGAGCACAUCGAGUCACAUACUCUUGCUAUUGCCCGAAACCUGACUCAGCAGCUCCAGACCACAUGCCACACCCUCCUGUCCAACAUCCAAGGCUUACCACAGAACAUCCAAGAUCAGGCCAAGCACAUAGGGGUGAUGGCCAGCGACGUCUACUCAGUGUUCCGAAAUGCUGCCUCCUUUAAGGAAGUGUCUGACAGCCUCCUCACUUCUAGCAAGGGGCAGCUGCAGAAAAUGAAGGAAUCUUUAGAUGAUGUGAUGGAUUAUUUUGUUAACAACACGCCCCUCAACUGGCUGGUGUUUGAUUUCACCACCAUAGACUUGACAUCUGAGACUGAUGAAAUUCCAGAUAUUAUACCUUUGGAAGAGGAGAACAGAUCAAAUCAUUCACACACUAAUGGCUUUGUCCCCUCAUGGCAAAAUGAUGAAUAACUAACAACAUCAACAAAAUACCCCUAGGUUGGGGGCAGUGGCUCCUGCCUGUAAUCCCAGCACUUUGGGAGGCCGAGGCAGGUGGAUCACGAGGUCGGGAGUUCAAGACCAGCCUGUCCAAGAUGAUAAAACCCAUCUCAACUAAAAAUUACAGAAAAUAUAGCUGGUGCGGUGGCAUGUGCCUGUAAUCCCAGCUACUCAGGAGGCUGAGACAGGAGAAUUGCUUGAACCCAGGAUGUAGCAGUUGCAGGGAGCUGAGAUUGUGCCACUGCACUCCAACCUGGGUGACAGAGCAAGAUUCUGUCUCAAAAAAAAAAAAAAAAUACCCCUUUUGGUUGAAUACACAAUUCAUACUAGAUUGAACUUCCUGUUUUUAUUCCUGUGGCUUUGAAGAGUGUUCAUCUAUUUUUUGGCUACGUUGAUCUUAAUUGCAAUAAAACACUGAACUAAACUUUUGUAAGAGAUCAUAGUUCUGUGUCAUAUAUCCUUUAAUACAAUUAUUUAAAGUUUAAUUGCUGAAAUACUUAUAAUAAAAACUGGGCUGCAUAA